CCGUCGCCAGGUAAACUACCAAAGAACUAGCCUACGACGCUUGUUUCUUUCUCUACCAGCACCCAGCAUCGGGCUCGACUUGGGACAAACAUGGACAGCGAAACGAAGCCCCCCUUGCACUUCAAUAAUAGUGGGUCGGGUCCACUUCGUGUUCCUGGAUUCGAUGGGAUCCCCCUGGAGUAUGAGUUCGAGAUCGGCCAGCGCUUUACUCACGGGGCAUGGGAGAAUCGCAAAAGAAAACCAUUUAGACUGACAGCACCUGAGGUUCAUAUGUUGCGUCUCAUGGAGCGCAUCACCGAAAUUAAGGACUGGGACCAGGGGGUCUUUGAUGAAGAUACUCUCUCCGCAUGGCGUGCACAGGGAGCCUUUUGCGCAGACCGUGACUCCGAUAUGAACCAAGAUAUUGACGUGGACCUGAUUACUAUGAGAACAUGGCUCUGGUGCGUUGCGGAGCUACAGGAUAAGGCCAGACUAUUUCAUGAUACCGGUCAUGUUGUUGUCCUCAAUUCGGACUCUGGAGUAUGUAAAGUCGAUCGAGUCGUGACAGGGGCCCUGGUCCAUCAACUACAGGAUGCACUUAGUCAACUGCCCAGGUGUAGCACUCAUGACUUGGUAGACCCAUCACUUCAUAUGCUUAUUUAUGGUCGGACAACAGUUCUCAGUCAUGGUGGUAGGGUUACCCUUGGAGGGACUCCUAAACUGUAUCCUCCAUCCGACCGGGGACAGACGGCACCGACGCCAGAUCAUCCUUUGAGUAAACUUGGAUCUUUUCCCCAAGUGUUGAAAUCAAAAUGUCGACAAUUCUCCUCCUGCUAUCAGUGGCUACCUUGUGACAUUGAAUUCGCCGAGUCUUCGGGAACGGCGGUACGGAUAGCAUCGUACAUCAAUAACCUCCACCCAAUGAAUAUCAGGGCAUACGCUUCCAUUGAAAAGCUUAUCUCUCUGGCUAUAGCGCCUUGGAAUAACGUUCUGGUAAAGGGGUCUCAAGGUCGUACGCCCCGGCGGAUCUAUACAUACGGUGUCUCGAACAGUGAAAAGGCCCCAUUUGCAGAAUACCCGCCUAAGGACCUAUCGCCAGUUGUGUGGAAUCAACAACUAACACGACGCGCCUGGACGUCAGAAGAAUGGGAAAGUCAUUGUGACAAGGUCAAAGAAUAUCUUCGGUUACCAGAUGUGGAUCCGAAAUACCGCGUUUUCCCGCCAGAGCCCGAUGAUCCACCUCAGACUCAAGACCUUUUGAGUUUGAUGACACCGGAAAUGUGGGCAUCUCCCCAUAGUGUUAAGAGGAUAGUAGAGGCGAAGUGGAGACGACUCCAUAGGUUCUCUUACCCCGAGCCAGGCAUUUCCUAUACGUAUGAAGACUGGAAAGCCGGGAUGACUGCAAAUCCAAUUUUCGGUCCGUGGAAGUGGGAAGGUAAGUAUGAGAUGACUCACAAUCAUGAAUACUACUCGGUAUCAUUGGAAGAUGAGUUUCGGCAACAGGGCCUGCAGGUAAUUGUACGGGUCUUCAGUAUCGACCUGACGGCAAAUGAGCCCCAUUAUCCCGGGGAUCAAGACUUCCAUGUGGACGGCAUGCUGAACGAACAUAUUGUCGCCACUGCCCACUUUUGCUAUAGCUCGGAUAAUAUCACUGAAUCCCGCAUUUCAUACCAACAGAAUGAUAGACUGAGUCUACAUGGUCACCAACCGGAUCCCUUGUGCAUCUACAAACUUUACGGUACACCUCCUUGCCUGGCAGUUGGCGAGGAGCCAAAGGCUCUGAAUCUUCAAACACUGGGCUCGGUCGCAGUCACUAGCGGUCGACUUCUCGCUUGGUCUAAUACCUUGCGUUAUAAGAAGCAUCCUUUUUCUCUUCUUGACCCAAGUCGCCCAGGACAUCAACGAUGCGUCGUUUUGUGGUUGGUUGAUCCCCAUUAUCGGAUCUGCUCGACUCGAAACGUACCCCCUCAACAGCAUGACUGGUGGCGCAAUGCCGUUCUAGAGGACUCGACCUUGUUAUCGACCCUUCCCAAAGAAUUGUUUGAUAUGGUAAUGAAUGAGACAGGAUCCUGGCCAAUGGAUUUGUCUGAGGCCUUGGCGUACAAGAAAAGGUCGGAAGCAGAGAGGGAGGGUGCCCGUGAAGCCCAGAAGUCGAUGUUUCGAAACUAUUCGUUUUGGUAUGAUUUAGAAUAUUGCUGAGCGGCUGUGUAGGGGUAUACCCAAGGUUUGAUAGCUCACUUAUACU